ACUGUCUUCCUUUUUCAUUCGGAAAAAGAUUUUGGGGUAUUUAAUUUUGCUAUACUGUUUUUGCUUUUCCGAGGGGUGGGGUUGUUGCAGAGCCUAAACCUCUACAUAUUCUCUAUCUCACUCUUUCUUCUUCACUAAUGAACACUCAAAAGCUGCUGGCAAACAUCCUCUUCAAAGUUCUUGCAAUUCAACUCUAGCCAAUAACAACCAAUGGAGCCAACUGAUGUUGCAGUCUCUGAAAACCAACAGCUCUCCGCUGACCCUCUGCCUUUUGCUAGAAGUUAUCAGUUGGAAGCCCUAGAGACUGCAUUAAAGCAGAACACAAUUGUUUACUUGGAGACUGGUUCUGGAAAGACCUUGAUUGCAAUUAUGCUUCUUAGAAGCUAUGCUUACCUUCUUCGAAAGCCGUCUCCAUACAUAGCUGUUUUCUUGGUCCCGACUGUUGUUCUAGUGACGCAGCAAGGAGAUUCUCUCAUGAUGCAUACCGACUUAAAAGUGGGCAAGUAUUGGGGAGAAAUGGGUGUUGAUUAUUGGGAUGCUGCUACAUGGCAACAACAAGUGGACACCCAUGAGGUACUGGUUAUGACUCCAGCAAUACUACUUUCUGCUUUGAGGCAUAGCUUUAUACAAAUAAACAUGAUAAAAGUUAUAAUAUUUGAUGAGUGCCACAAUGCACGAGGCAAACACCCCUAUGCCAGCAUAAUGAUGGAAUUUUAUCAUCCCCAGUUAAACCAUCAGAGCUCACAACUUCCAAGAAUAUUUGGGAUGACUGCUUCCCCUAUAAAGUCUAAAGGUUCUAGCACGGCAGAUAGUUAUUGGCAAAAGAUUCGUGAUCUUGAGAAUCUUAUGAAUUCCAAGGUAUACACGUGUGGCAGUGAAUCUGUUCUGGCGGAGUAUAUCCCAUUCUCUAAUCCGAAGUUGAAGAUAUACAAACAUGUGGAUAUUCCUUGCACAUUGUUUCUUAGUUUAGCUCAUGACCUGGAACAGUUGAAAGAAAAGCAUGAUUGUUCAAUUUCAAAGUCAAACCUGUCUUUUAUGAGUGCUGGAACUGCAAGAAGACGUUUAUCAAAACUUUAUUCGGCCUUCUUAUUUUGUUUGAGUGAGAUGGGUGCUUGGCUGGCUUUCAAGGCCACUGAGUUCUUGUCCCGUGAAGAAGUUGAUUUCUUUUCAUGGGGAGAAUUAGAUGUAUGUGCUCAAACAAUUGUUAGAGAUUUCAGUUUGGGUGCAUCUAAGAUUUUUUCGGCUCGCUUACCUUCUGGGCCACAUUGGUCAAUUGGUGGUGAUAUUAAGGCAAAUGUGGAUGCUGGAUAUCUGUCAUCCAAAGUUACUUGUCUUCUAGAGUCUCUUCUCGAGUACAGGGACCAGAAGGAUUUGAGAUGCAUCAUAUUUGUUGAGAGAAUUAUUACAGCCAUUGUUCUUCGGUCUCUAUUGAAUGAGUUGCUUCCGGAACUAUGUGGUUGGAGAACUGAGUACACAGCAGGACAUAUUUCUGUGGUCCAGUCACAGAGUAGGAAAUUACAAAACAAAAUUGUUGAAGAAUUUCGCAAGGGGUUGGUGAACAUUAUUGUAGCAACAUCUAUUCUUGAAGAGGGCUUGGAUGUUCAAAGUUGCAACCUUGUCAUUCGAUUUGAUCCCUCAGCUACUGUUUGUAGCUUUAUACAAUCACGUGGACGAGCUCGAAUGCAAAACUCUGACUUUCUUCUGAUGGUCAGAAGUGGGGAUGAUUCGACCCUUACUCGCAUGCACAACUAUAUGGCUAGUGGGGAGAUAAUGCGACAAGAAUCAUUACGUCAUGCUUCUAUUCCAUGUUCACCUCUAGAUGAUGAAUUGUAUGAUGAGCCUUGCUACAAAGUUGAAAGCACAGGAGCAAUUGUCACCCUCAGUUCUAGCGUGUCAUUGUUAUACUUAUAUUGCUCAAGGCUACCAUCGGAUGGGUACUUUAAACCCAAUCCUAGGUGUGUGAUUGAUAAGGAAACAGGAACCUGCACGCUGCAACUUCCCAAAAGUUGCCCUCUGCAAAGAAUUAUUAGUGUACAGGGGAAUAGCAAAAUAUCGAAGCAACUUGCAUGCCUGGAAGCUUGUAAAGAACUUCAUCGUGUGGGUGCCUUAACUGACAAUCUUGUUCCUGAUAUCAUGGAAGAAGAAAUCAUCAACAAAGAAUCAGAAUGUCAAAUCCAUACUGUUGAAGAAUCAAAAUACUUUCCACCAGAAUUGGUUAGUCAUUGCGGCAAUGAUUCAGAAGCACUGUACUACUGCUACCUAGUUGAGUUGCAACAUGACUUUUACAACGAUUUCCAGCUUCAUGGAAUUAUACUUGCUGUUAGGACAAGGCUUAAGUUUGAUGAUGAAAUAAUGGCAUUUGACUUGGACGUAGAUAGGAGGGGACGCUUACAAGUUCAACUUAAUUAUCAUAAAGUUGUUGCACUUACUUCUGAAGAGAUUCAAUGGUGUCAGAGGUUUCAAUCCAGCGUCUUCAGAAUUCUUCUUGACCGUGAUCUGAGUAAACUGCAGGACGCUUUGGCUGCAGUCCAAUCACCUAUUGGUUCUGCAGUUUCUGAUUAUCUUUUGCUCCCAUCUUUGGGUACUACCCCUGAAAUAAAUUGGAAAUGCGUGAAUUCUUUGCUGUUUCCGUCUCAAGUUCUUGGGGAUAAGCAUAUGGAUUGCUGCUCUACACAAGGUUGCAAACGCAGUGUGAGCACCAAAACUGGGGUGGUAUGUAGCUGCAUGUUGGAGAACUCAUUGGUCUUUACACCUCAUAAUGGCCAUAUAUACUGCAUUACUGGUUUUUUGGAUAAUUUGGAUUGCAACUCAUUGUUGGAUAUGAGAACUGGAGAACCCAUUACCUACAUAAAAUACUACAAAAAGCGGCAUGGGAUUAACAUAUGCUUUGAAGAAGAACCACUUCUUAGGGGAAAACACAUUUGUAAGGUGCACAAUUACCUUCAAAGAUGCAGAACACAGAAGGCUAAAGAUUCAACUGAUUCAUCUGUUGAGUUGCCUCCUGAACUUUGUUCCCUCAUCAUGUCACCUGUCUCUAUUUCUACCCUUAAUACCUAUUCAUAUGUUCCUUCGAUCAUGCAUCGGAUUGAGUCCUUGGUUAUGGCCUCAAACUUGAAAAAAAUGCAUUUGGAUCACUGCACACUAAAUAUUUUUAUUCCGACCGUUAAGGUUUUGGAAGCAAUGACAACAAAGAAAUGCCUCGAGACGUUUCAUUUGGAGUCACUUGAGACACUUGGAGACGCUUUUCUCAAAUAUGCUGCCAGUAUACAGCUAUUCAAGACUUACGAAAAUCAUCAUGAGGGUCUUCUCACUGUUAAGAAAAACAAAAUCAUUUCCAAUGAUGCACUAUGCAGGCUUGGAUGUGCUCGUAAAAUACCGGGAUUUAUCCGUAAUGAACCAUUUGAUCUUAAAGCGUGGCUCAUUCCUGGUGAUAAUUCUCAAAUUCACACCUUCGACGAAGAGUUCCUAACUUCUUCAGAUAAAAUGUAUAGUAGAGAAAAACAGAAGUUUAAAAGUAAGAGAGUAGCUGAUGUUGUUGAGGCACUAAUAGGUGCCUACCUCAGCUCGGGCGGGGAAGUAGCGGCGUUAUCAUUUAUGAAAUGGCUUGGGGUGGACAUCGAUUUUGUUGAUGCACCUUUGCCAAUGCACUUUCCCAUGAAUGCUGAGAAGCUAAUCAAUGUCAGAUACUUGGAAUCCCUGCUACAUUACAAGUUCAAUGAUCCUUCUCUGCUUGUUGAAGCGCUAACUCACGGAUCUUACAUGCUACCUGAGAUUCCACGAUGCUAUCAGCGCUUGGAAUUUCUUGGAGAUGCAGUGCUAGAUUAUGUUGUUACAGCACAUCUCUAUUUCAAGUAUCCAGGACUGACUCCAGGACUAAUUACUGAUUUGAGGUCCGCCUCCGUAAACAAUGAGUGUUAUGCUCAGUCUGCAGUUAAGGCUGGCCUGCACAAGCACAUUCUUCAUGCCUCGCAAGAUCUGCAGAGGCAAAUACUUAGUACUGUUGAGGAUUUCGAAAAAUUGGAUCUUCUGUCCACAUUCGGAUGGGAGGCUGAAACUACUUUCCCAAAGGUGCUUGGAGAUGUUAUUGAAUCCCUUGGUGGUGCGAUCUUUGUUGAUUCUGGCUUCAACAAAGACACUACAUUUCAAAGCAUACGACCUCUUUUGGAACCGUUGGUUACUCCUCAGACAGUAAAGCUCCAACCAGUAAGAGAGUUAAGUGAACUAUGUGACCAGAAAGGUUAUAUAAAGAAGAAGGAUGUCGUCUCUCGUGAGAAUGGUGUAGCAUAUAUUACAGUAGAGGUUGAAGCAAAUGGUGUUAUUCACAAGAGCACAUGCUCGGGACGAGACAAAAUAAUGGCCAAGAAGGUGGCUAGCAAAAAUGUCCUCAAGUCUCUGAAAGAAUGUCCAUCCAAUGCUUAGGAGUAGUUACUUUUCUGCUACUUCAGUUUACGGAAUUUCUAAAAAUCCUUAAUAUUUUAAGGAUCAUUUUGGUUGUUUGAUUUCUUCUCUUAUUAGAACUGUUUGGAUGUGCCUUCCAUUGUAUUUGGUUGCUAUUUCAAUUAGGCUACUAUAUAAAUGUGUCAUUUAAUUUGGCUU